GUAAUUGUCCAUUGAAAAACAACAGCAAAAGCAGCAGUGAUGAAGAGUAACCAAGUGCUCAAAAUCUUUACAAUUGGACCGCUAGGGUUUCUUGAAUCACCAUUACAAACAGCCAAGUUCAAGCCGUGCAGUGAGCUCCG